UGUUUACACAGCAGAGAGGCACAUAGAAAAGGUUUGGAUUUUAACUUUUGAAGAAUGGCAGGCAAAAUCAUACUGCCAGUAUUGCUUCUGUUGUUCACAGCUGGAGUGACAAGUCAGACCACAGCUGAAGUGACAAUGCAGAAUGCAGGUGGAACGACAACUCAGAAUGCAGGUGGAAUGACAAGUCAGAAUGCAGGUGGAACAACAACUCAGAAUGCAGGUGGAAUGACAAGUCAGAAUGCAGGUGGAAUGACAAGUGAGAAUGCAGGUGGAAUGACAAGUCAGAAUGCAAGUGGAAUGACAAGUGAGAAUGCAGCAACAACAACUCCGGCUUGUGCUGGCUGUCAGUGUUGUCCCUCAGACACACACUGCAUCAUCACCAAUGGAAUUGCUCAAUGUCUUGAUCCCUGUGUCAGCUACAGUAUACUGAAUGAUACAUGGCGUUCAACAAAUAAUACAAACAACUCUAUCUUACACUGUGAUCAGGACAUUGCCUGGAAUGGCUGGUAUCGCUUUUAUUUGGGGCAAAGCAACGCUCAGAUUCCAGAGCGAUGUGUAGAAGAAAACCGGUGUGGAACCCAUGCUCCUUUGUGGUUAAACGGAAAUCAUCCAGUGCAGUUUAAUGAAAUUGUAACUCGCACUGUGUGUAACGCAUGGUCUGGUUCCUGCUGUCAAUUUACUCCGCACACUAUCCAGAUCAAACGAUGCUAUGGAUAUUAUGUCUAUAAACUCGAAAGGCCAUCUACAUGCUAUCUGGCAUAUUGUGCAGAUGAAAUUACAAUUACAGCUGUAGUGACAACACAGAAUGCAGGUGGUAUGACGACUCAGAAUGCAGGUGUAAUGACAAGUCAGAAUGCAGGUGGAAUGACGACUCAGAAUGCAGGUCAAAUGACGACUCAGAAUGCAGGACCCCUCUACCCAAUUGAAGGAACAAUAAGCUCUCGAUCAGAUGAUGGAAGCUCCCCUCAAAUUCCACUUCUCCGAAGAUUUAACUUUUUUGGCCAGAAUUACUCUCAGAUUUACGUGAACCACAACGGACAUCUGACCUUUGAUUCAUCAUGGUAUAGCUAUUCUCCUCAACAGUUUCCAAUGUAUGGAAGCAGAGACAUUAUUGCUCCGUACUGGACUGAUUUAGACAACAGAGGCAAUGGUGACAUCUAUUAUGUUCAGUACACAAGCGGCUCUAUUCUCCAGCAAGUUACGCAGGACAUCAAUGCAUACUUCCCAGAACUUAACUUUCACGCAAACUGGGUCUUUAUUGCAACAUGGUAUGAGGUUGCAUAUUAUCCAACGACUGGAACACGAACAACCUUUCAGGCCGUCUUGACCACCAAUGGGCAAUACUCAUUUGUGCUGAUGAACUAUGGGUCCCUAGCAGCUACAUAUAGGUCUAUACAGGCUGGCUACGACACGAUCAGUUCCUCUCACCACUUCAGCAUCCCUGGAUCAAUGUCUAAUGAUGCAUCUGGAAUAAACUCCAUUUUUAGCCUCGAUAGCAAUGUCAACGUACCUGGUCGCUGGGUCUUCCGCGUAGACCAUGGUUUAAGAGGCUGCAUUUUCAAUGGUCAACCUGUUCAACUUGGCGACUCUUUCUGGAGUGACAGCACCUGUGCACAGAAGUGCGCCUGUACCACAGCAGGAUUGCAGUGUGUCAGUGACCCUUGCUCCUUUUCCCAAAUCUGUCGGCCAUCUUCCUUUCAGUUCUCCUGUCAGACAGUGCAUAGACGGACCUGCACCAUCAGUGGGGAUCCACAUUACUACACCUUUGACAACUCAGUGUUUCACUUUCAAGGCACAUGCACUUAUGUUCUGUCUGAGCAGUGUCAGAAUGAGCUGCCCUACUAUAGAGUGGAGGGGAAGAACGAGCAUCGUGGCAGCACUCAUGUUUCUUGGACACGGCUAGUCAAAGUCUUUGCCUACAAUGAAACUAUUGAGCUUGUUAAAGGACGUUAUGGUGAGGCUAAGGUUAAUGGAAACUUUGCAACAGCUCCAUUUUCCCUCAGAAACGGCACGAUCCAGGUUUAUCAGUCUGGUUUCUCUGUCAUCGUCAGCACUGACUUUGGAGUGAUGGUGUCUUAUGACAUGUAUUCAUAUGUCACAAUCAGUGUGCCCUACACUUACCAGAACAGCACAUGUGGCCUCUGUGGUGACUUCAACAAUCACCCUGGAGAUGACUUUAGAACCCGUCAAGGUGAAGUGGUGAGCUCUGAUGUGGUUUUUGCCAACAGCUGGAAAGCAUCUGGUGAUGAUGAGCCUGGCUGUGAGGCUCAGUGUGGAGGUUUGGCCUGUGCUGGCUGCACAGCAGAUCAGAACGCACUGUACAGAAAUGAUGCCCACUGUGGUAUUCUUCAAAACAGUACAGGACCGUUUGCAGCAUGCCAUCAACAGCUCCCUCCAGGAUCUUUUGUGGAUAGUUGUGUGUACGAUCUGUGUGUCGGUGGAGGAUAUCAGCCCAUUCUGUGCCAAGCCCUCAACGUCUACUCAAGUCAAUGUCAGCAAAAUGGUAUCCAGCCAGGACGCUGGCGGAGUUCUGGUUUUUGUGAAAUCCCCUGCCCAGCCAAUAGUCACUAUGAGGCCCAAGCGACAGGAUGUCCACCCACAUGUGUCAACCCUAAUUCCGAUCAAAAUUGCCCCCUCCCUCAUCAGGAGAGCUGUGUCUGCGAUUCAGGCUACCUCUUGAGUGGUGGCGUCUGUGUCCCUCAUGCUGAUUGUGGCUGCAGCUUUGAGGGCCGCUACUACCGCUCAGGACAAACUGUAAUACUGGACGAAGACUGUGGGAGGCGUUGUAGAUGCAGUUAUGGCUCCAUGUCUUGCAGCCCACACAGCUGUGGUCAGCAUGAGUCUUGCAGGGUGCAGGAUGGAGAAAGAGGAUGCACACCGAACAGCUUUGCAACGUGUUGGAUCAGAGGUCCAGGAUCAUAUCAUACGUUUGAUGGACUAAUGUACCAGUACCCAGGAGCAUGUCGCUUGACACUUGCCAACGUUGUGGGAUCUUCUAAUCACUCGCACUUCAUGGUUACUGUGGAAAAAGUUCCAAAGGGGUUGCAGAGUUUUUCCAAUGUGUUAAAGUUUGAGGCAGAGGGAACACUGGUUGUCAUUGAGCUGGCGAGUAGUAGCACUGUUAAGGUUGAUGGCCAGCUGAUCAGACUGCCGUUCAGCUCUGCGUCCAACAGAAUCCGCAUCUUCCAAAGCAGCACUCACAGCAUCAUCCUUCGCACAACCUUUGGUGUAACUCUGCAGACUGUCUGGCCUCACUUUGUGGCUAUCACAGCACCAAGUGUCUACAGUGGAUCAUUAGGUGGACUUUGUGGAAACUAUAAUGAUGACCAACAUGAUGAGUUUCAUACACCCAAUGGCACUCUGGUCAGUGAUUCUCAGGUGUUUGGGGACAGUUGGCGAACUGGUUCCCUGGCAGAUCACUGUGUGGAAAGCAGAUAUCGUAACUCUGCAACCAAUUUCAGUUCCAGUGAAUACUGUGGAGUUCUUAGUUCACACACUGGGCCAUUUACAAGCUGUUGGGGUGCAGUGGACCCAGAACAACAGGUAGAUGCAUGUGUAGAAAUCCUCCAGGGGUCCAGAGAUCCAUCUUCAACAUUAUGUGAUGUCCUAAGAGAUUAUGCACUUGUGUGUCAACACAAAGGAGUUUCUCUGGGACACUGGAGGAAUGCAACUGGCUGUGACCUGACCUGUCCUUCAAACAGCCACUAUGAACUCUGUGGAAGUUCAUGUCCAUCUUCCUGCCCCAGCCUCUCUUUCCCCUUCACCUGUGACACUCAGUGCCAGGAGGGGUGCCAGUGUGAUAGUGGAUUUGUCCUCAAUGGUAACCAGUGUGUGCCACCAACAUCAUGUGGUUGUUAUCAUGAAGGACGCUAUCGGCAAGCUGGUGAACAGUUCUGGAACGGUGAAGAAUGUCAGAGUUUUUGCACAUGUAAUGGUGUAACUGGUUUAGUCCAGUGUUCCCCCAGUGCAUGUGGACCUCAGGAGUCCUGCCAGGUUGUGGCAGGUGAGUUUGGCUGCCAUCCCAACCCCCAAGGCACCUGCUCUGCCUCUGGAGAUCCUCACUACUUCACCUUUGAUGGCAAGGCCUACGACUUCCAGGGAACCUGCCGCUAUGUCCUGGCAACAGUUUGUAAUGAGACUGAUGGACUGCAUCACUUCUCUGUGAAAGCAAAGAAUGAACCAUGGAUGGGGUUGCCAGUUUCCAUCACAGCUGAGGUUUUUGUUGAUGUCUUGGGCUAUGAAGUGCAUAUGUCUAGAGGCAGCGGAGGGACUGUGGAGGUGAAUGGAAUCACCAGAAACCUGCCAGUUGUUUUCAAUGGAAGUCUCUCUAUUUUUGGAAGUGGGUCCAGAACAUUUGUCAAUGCAGACUUUGGACUGAGUGUAAUGUAUGAUGGACUUUACACAGUCACCAUUUCUGUACCCCCUAAUUACAGAGGAAAAGUGUGUGGACUUUGUGGAAAUUUCAAUGGAAAUCCAAAUGACGACUUCCACACCCCAAGUGGAGCACUGGUCAACAUUCCAGACACUUUCGGGGCAUCCUGGAAGGUUCCUGGUAACUACACCUGCAGUGACGGCUGUGGUUCCUCAUGCCCACGAUGCAACAAUGAUCAGAAUGCCAGGUCACAAUGCGAGGUGAUCCGGGCAGCUGACGGCCCCUUCAGCUUCUGCCACGAGGAGGUGGAUCCAGCACCAUAUUUCAAUGACUGCGUCUUUGAUGUCUGCGUGGCGGGAAAUCGAGGCAAUGAUCUUCUCUGCAGGGCUCUUGAAACGUAUGUCAGGGCCUGUCAGUCUGCUAAUGUUCAAGUCUACCCUUGGAGACAAAACACCACCUGUAGAAUUGACUGCCCAGCCAACAGUCACUAUGAGCUGUGUGGAACAGACUGUGGCCACACCUGUGCCAGCAGCAUCGAUGCUACAUGUGACCAUGUUUGCUCCGAGGGAUGUUUCUGUGAUGACGGUUUUUCCAGGAGUGGAACAAGCUGUGUCCCUGUAGAGAGCUGUGGCUGUCAGUAUGAAGGCUUCUACCUCAAUGCCGGUGAAUCCUUUUGGACAGACGGAUGCUCCCAGCGCUGUGAAUGUCAUGCCCCCAAUGUCCUGCAAUGUAAUCCUUCAUCAUGCACUCCUGCACAAGAGUGCACCAUCAGAGAUGGUCAGCUGGGCUGUUAUGACGCAAUGUCUACCUGUACCGUAUGGGGUGACCCGCAUUACAUCACCUUCGACGGAGCCCUGGCUCAUUUUCAGGGCUCGUGCUCUUACGUCAUAACUGAGAGCUUGAGUCACAGCAACAAUGAAACUCAAUAUAAAGUAGUGGCCACCAACAAACACAGGGGUAACAACCUUGUGUCAUUUGUGUCAUCAGUUGAUAUAUACCUCUCAAAUUCUCCAGAAAGUGUUCAUGUCAGGCUUGGACCUAACAAGAGAGUGAAGGUAAAUGGAGCUGAGGUUUCUCUUCCCACCACUGCAGGAACCUUAGGUCAGGUGAUGACUCAGGGAAGUUACAUAGUGUUUGACGCAGUUGAUGUCAUAGUCCAGUUUGAUGGCUACAGUACUUUACUGGUCAGGAUGGGUCGCCAGUAUCAGAACAGAGUCACUGGAAUGUGUGGGAACUUCAACGGCAAUCCUACUGAUGACAAAGUUUUGCCCAACGGUAUGUUGGCCGAAAACGACAAUCACUUUGGUCAGAGCUGGAAAUCGGAGACGAGCCAAGCAGGAUGUGGAUCCACUGACGACAGAAGUGGUGAUGGACUGAGUGACUGCCGCUUUAUAGAAGAAUACACUGAACUCUGCAGAGUCAUCACCAAUACCAGCGGCCCGUUCAGUUCCUGUCACCUGCACUCUGACCCGCAGCCAUUUUUCACUUCCUGUGUUUAUGAUCUCUGCCUCUACACACCCGCCAAUGGCAUGCUGUGUUCUGCUGUCUCUGCCUAUGAGAAAACUUGCUCUGUUUUGGGCCUAAACAUCCCAGACUGGCGCUCUCCUUUGCAUUGUGCUGAGACUGACCCCUGUGAACAGCUGGACUGUGCAGAGUAUGAGUGGUGUGGUAAGAAAGAUGGUGUGUACGGCUGUUUCUGUGAUGAGCACCACCACAGACCCAACAAUGAGAGCUAUGACUCAAACAUCACAUGCAGCAGCAGUUCAGGCAUCAUGUCGAUCUCUCGCUGCCAGCUGUUUGAAGCAGGCUUUCACUCCAGUGCUCCCCACCUCCGAGAUGAAUCUUGCAACGGGACUAUCCAGGACGGACGACUCGUGUUCCACUUUGACAAUGAUGGACAUCUGUGUGGGACAACUCUGAGGAGCAAUGGAACUCACUUCAUGUAUGAGAACACCAUUCAGGGUGAUGUGGACACUCAUGGAGGUCUGAUCAGUCGUCAGAGGAACCUUCAUCUAAGUUUCUGCUGUGUUUACCCUCUGACUCAGGCCCUGUCAAUGUCUGUGGGCAUCAAUCCUGUGGAGAGCAUUUUGAGGAGGAAACUUCCUGUUGGCACUGGAUCGUAUCAAAUGAGAAUGAUCCCCUAUGAGGAUGAGGGCUUCCAAAUCCCCCUCAGCACUAACAGAAACAUAGAAAUGGAAGUUGAUGAGAUGUUUUAUGUGGAGGUGCGAACGGAGGGAGUGGAUCAGCGGCAGUUUUCUACGGUCCUGGAUUCUUGCUGGGCCACGCCGGUCAACCAAGCAAACUACCCCGUCCGCUGGGAUCUCAUUAUUUCACAGUGCCCCAAUCCAGAAGAUGGAACCGUAGAGAUGAUUCAGAACGGUGUCUCCACUGCGGCACGUUUCUCCUUCAGGAUGUUCACUUUUACCAACCACACAGAGAUCUACCUGCACUGCAAUGUUCACUUAUGUCUUUUGAGAAACAACACCUGCACAGCUGACUGCUAUCCGGGUCAUCACAGCCGCUUCCGAAGAGACAUAUCUUACCAUGACUCAGGAAGUCUAUCACUAGGACCACUAGUCCUCAGGAAAAGAGAGACGACUGGUGGACUGAUCUACAGAAAUGGUGCUUCAGGCUAUUUGACAUCAACUAUCACCUUGAUUGUCAGUUUGCUGAUGACCAGAAUUUUGCUAUACUGAGGUGAAAUAAGUAUCAUGAUUUAAAAUCCAUCAAAACUUAUGAUUUAUGUUAGUUAGAGUCAAUUUCAGGGAUUUUGGUGUUU